AUGGGUUCAUCUGGCAAAGGGACUGAAUUUGGUCAUGUGUUCAAAUCCCAGUUUCUGUUUCGUCCUGGAUACACGAAUCUAAAUCAUGGCUCUUUUGGUACCUACCCUCUUUCAAUUCGCAACACUCUGCGCGAAUAUCAAGAGCUCGCCGAAGAAGUUCCCGACCAAUUUAUGCGAUAUGACUUUGUCCAUUUUCUCAAUGAGUCAAGAAACCGAAUAGCACAACUCCUUCAUGUCUCGCCAAUGGAAUGUGUCUUCGUCCAGAAUGCAACAACCGGUGUAAACACAGUCCUACGAAACCUUCAAUACAACGACAAAGAUUGCAUUAUUUAUUUUGACACAAUUUAUGGAGCCUGUGAAAAAACGUUGUUCUCGAUCGUUGAGACUAACCCUCAACUUCAUUUACGCAAGAUCAGAUACCUGCUCCCUUGUGCACAUUCGGAAAUUAUCGACGCCGUGAAACAGACCAUUGACCAAGUGUUGGCCGAGGGACUAGUACCCAAGGUGUGUGUCUUUGAUACCAUUACUUCCGUCCCCGCGGUCAGACUUCCGUUCGAAAGCAUCACGAACAUAUGCAAGGAGCACGGUAUUAUGAGUGUGAUUGAUGGCGCUCACGGCGUUGGCCAGAUCGCCCUCAAUCUGGGAGAGUUCUCUCCGGACUUUUUCGUCAGUAACUGUCAUAAGUGGCUGUACACACCAAGGGGCUGCGCCGUCUUAUACAUACCGAAACGCCAUCAGCAUCUUAUUCGAACAACCUAUCCGACUUCCUGGGGCUGGGCCCCAAUCGACUCUUCGCCUCCCAGAAAUCCAAAGAAAGAUAUCGAAUCAUCGUAUUUUGUCAACAUGUUCUCGUACGUCGGUACGGCCGACAACUGUCCAUAUUAUUGUGUACCAGCGGCAAUUGAUUUUCGACAGAAUGAAUGUGGCGGAGAAGAAAAUAUCUACAAUUAUAUCCGUGCCAUUGCGCAGCAAGGGGCUGACCUACUCGCCAAAAUCCUCGGAACCAAAGUCAUGGAUAUCGUCGACACUAGUUCUGAAGUGAACAAUGGUCGCCGGUCCUGUGGCCUAAGAGACUGUGCGAUGGCAAAUGUACUCCUCCCCAUCACAAUUAUCGACCACGACUCGAAUCUUCAGUUGACGGAUCCGGUCAUCAUUCAAGAAAAGGACAUACACACGCAUGUGGCGUGGAUAAACAAAACGUUAGUCAAGGAGUACAAUGUUGGCACUUCCAUCUACGCCUACAAUCGCAGCAUCUGGGUCCGAGUGUCAGGUCAGAUCUACUUAGAACUCAGGGAUUUUGAAUGGUUCGGAGGUGUCGUCAAAGAAGUGCUUGAAAGAGUUCGGUCUGGUGAGAGUUUGAAAGAAAAAGAAGAUUAA